GGUUGACACGUGCGCGCAGAACUAUGCAAACCAUGUUGUUCCAGAACGAUGCUGUCGGUACGAUGUCGUUUAUCACAUCUUGCCAUGAGAUUUUGUUCCACAAAAAUACCACCAGAACAACGGAUGACAAAGCUGUUAAAGGACAAGAUCAGUGGAACCAGUCAAGUCGAGGUGCACGACGUGUCUGGUGGAUGCGGUUCAAUGUACACAGUAUUUGUAGAAUCUAGUGCUUUCAAAGGUCUGUCCAGAGUUGCUCAACAUAAAAUGAUAACAGGUAUACUCAAGGAAGAAAUCAAAGAUAUGCACGGGCUUUCGAUAACUACCAAGGUGCCGAAGUGACAAAAUUCUGAAUCUUAGUUGAUAGGUAAUGAAAAGAACAACUCGUCUUAGCUGCAUAGCAAGUUCGUUUUAUGUAUAUGUGAAGAGAAGUUCUUCAAAGUCAGCAGUUUGUAUUUUUUACAUUUUAUAGCCAGUUUUCUAGAUGUUGAUUGAGUGAUAGGACGAAUUAAGCACUUGGUUGCUUGCCAUCACAAAUAACAAUUUUGU